UGCUCCGCGCCUGCCGCUCUAGCCGCCUUUGGCUGUCAUGCGUCGGUUUCCGGCUCCGUUCUGGCGGGUCUGAGCCCUCGGACUCCUAGAGAGGCGCUUUGCACGUGGAGAAGAGCUGGGACUCCGCGACCCUGCUCUCCCGAACCUGAUGUUCGAAGAGCCUGAGUGGGCCGAGGCGGCCCCAGUGGCCGCGAGUCUCGGGCCCGUAAUCUCACGGCCUCUGCCUGCGGCCGCCUCGCAAAACAAGGGCUCGAAGUGCCGCCAGCUCUUGGCCACAUUACGGACCCUAGAGGCAGCAUCUCUUUCCCAGAAUCCCCCCAGCUUACCUAGCAGUGACUCUGAGGAGGAGGAGGUGGAAAGGAAGAAGAAUUGCCCCAAAAAGGCAUCGUUUGCCAGUGCCUCUGCUGAAGUAGGGAAGAAAAGGAAGAAGAAAUGUCAAAAACAGGGCCCACCUUGCAGUUACUCUGAGGAAGAAGUGGAAAGGAAGAAGACAUGCCACAAACAGGCUCUUCUUGACAGUAACUCUGCUGAAGAAGAAAAAAGAAAGAGGAAAUGCCAGAAACAUGCCCCUUUAAAUCCAGCCCAGCACCUGGAUGAUGUUGACCAAAGAGGUCCCAAAGCUUGGAAGAAUAGUGCUACAAAUGACCCGCCAAAGCCAAGCCCUGAGUCCACUUCCCCCAAACCCCCUCAUACGUUGAGUCGCAAGCAGUGGCGGAACCGGCAAAAGAACAAGAGAAGACAUAAGAACAAGUUUCGGUCACCUGAGGUGCCAGACCAGGCUCUAGCCGAGGCCCCCACAGAGAAGACAGAAGUGCCUCCUGUACCCAGGACAGAGAGCCAUGAGGCUCGGGCAGGGGCUUUGCGAGCCCGCAUGGCACAGCGGCUGGAUGGGGCCCGAUUUCGCUACCUCAAUGAACAGCUAUACUCCAGGCCCAGCAGUGCUGCACAGCGUCUCUUCCAGGAAGAUCCUGAGGCCUUUCUUCUCUACCACCGCGGCUUCCAGAGCCAAGUGAAGAAGUGGCCACUGCAACCAGUGGACCGCAUCGCCAAGGAUCUUCGCCAGCGGCCUGCGUCCCUAGUGGUGGCUGACUUCGGUUGUGGGGAUUGCCGCCUGGCUUCAAGUAUCCGGAACCCUGUGCAUUGCUUUGACUUGGCCUCUCUGGACCCUAGGGUCACUGUGUGUGACAUGGCCCAGGUGCCUCUGGAGGAUGAGUCUGUGGAUGUGGCUGUGUUUUGCCUUUCACUGAUGGGAACCAACAUCAGGGACUUCCUAGAGGAGGCAAAUCGAGUACUGAAGCCAGGGGGUCUCCUGAAAGUGGCUGAGGUCAGCAGCCGCUUUGAGGAUGUUCGGACUUUUCUGCGGGCUGUGACCAAGCUAGGCUUCAAGGUUGUCUCCAAGGACCUGACCAACAGCCAUUUCUUCUUGUUUGAUUUCCAAAAGACUGGGCCCCCUCAGGUAGGGCCCAAGGCUCAGCUUUCAGGCCUGAAGCUUCAGCCAUGCCUCUACAAGCGCAGGUGACCUCUGGAUCUUCCUCGAAAGGGGAGGCAGAGCUCAAACUUCAGGUUCAGAACUGUGAAGACUAUAUCCAGCCUGGCUGUGAGCCAAGACUUGGUUCCUGGUGGAACCCCUGAGGACAAAGUGUGAUAAAACCUCUGGCUCAGACUUGCUGUACUAGAGGUUUCUGGGUUAUAAGAUGCAUAAAGUCACUGGGGCUAGCUAAACAACGAAGAAUUUAUUGUGAGAACAUGGG